AUGGUAGUACGUCGAGAUACGAAUAAAGAACAUAAUAAUCAAUCAGAUAUCGAUAGCACUUCGGAUUCUAACGAGGAGGAUUUGGAAUUUUUAAUUGACGGACUUCUUGGAAAUUUAUCAUUUAACGCCUCAAGGACUCAGAAUAUGACAAUCAAGAAACGAAAAGAUGUCUCUAAGCAUGAACGCGCAGAUCGAAAUGUUGACGUUGAAACAUCGGUACCAAUUCAAGGACCUGGUGUAAAACGUAAAUCGAACAGGAAAAAUAAAUCAAAAGGGCGUAAGGUAACCUCCUGCUCCUCGUCAUCAAAUAAAGACAGAAGUUGGCCAUCUCACCGCGAAAAUCCUUCCAGUCGUCAUAAUCGUUUAAAUGAUUGCCAAGUUGAUAUUGUUGAAAUUUCAACAGGAAAUAAUAGCGAGGAUGAGUACUGUCGAGCUGAGAAUGUUCAGUUAGAUGAUCAUGGCCUUGAACAAUUGUUGAAAGAGAAAAAAGGUUGGAAAGUCAUUCAUGUUCGUGGCGAUGGCGCUUGCCUUUUUCGGAGUGUUGGCAAGGCUAUUUCUAUUUCUUUAUUCCCAUAUUUUUUUCUAGCUCACCAAGUGUUUGGCGAUGAAGAAAAGCAUGAUGUCAUUCGCAAACAAGUGAUUGAUUACUUGAGGAAGAAUCGAGAACACUAUUCGCAAUAUGUUACCGAGGAUUUUGAUCGGUAUCUAAUUCGUAAAAGUAGUGUUGCAUGUUUCGGAAAUCAUCUGGAGAUACAAGCUAUAUCUGAAAUAUACAAUCGCCCGGUUGAAAUCUACUACAAAACGGCUAAUCCUAUCAACGUCUUCCACUCAGAGUAUACAGGAUUGGUACCUUUUCGAUUGGCCUACUAUGAUUCAUCUCAUUAUAACUCUGUUAUUGAUCCCUGUAAACCCUCAAUUGGUCAUGGCUUAGGAAUGCCAAAUUAUCAACCAGGGCUUCCUGAAGAUGAUCUAGUGAAACAGGCCAUUUUGGAAUCCGAAGCCACAGAGAUUGAAGAGACUAUGUUGAGGGACAAACUCGCAGAAUCGGAGACAAAACAAUUGGAAGAUUGUAUUGCAGAACAUGUUCUUCGAGAAUCUCUUCUGGAACACAUAAAAGUCAAGUCGUCUGAUCUUCACCGAUUUUCCCCACAACCCAGAAUGUCACCCCCCUCUCCAACAGCAGUUUUAACUUGGCGAACAGAGCCAUUAUCCACCAUUGCUAAUAAGAAACCUCCCACUUCCGCAACUCAAGCAGGAUGUUCAUCAUCUUCCGCGGUCGCCGCGAUUGCAAAUCCUUCCUGUUCAUCAUCAUCUGCUGCUGCUGAUCCCCAGAUGAUGAUGGAACCUUCUCUUGCCUCUUCCUCGGCAAAUGGAGCGGCCGGGCAGUCAGCAACUUCAACAGAUCCCUCCGCUGUAGAUUUUACUGUUCUCCAGUAUAUCCCUUCGAACAUGCUUGGUGAGUGUUGCUGUCUUUACUGGUCCUUUUAG